CACACACACACAGCUGCUCGGAACCAUGACAGAAGAUGACGGAUACAGUUGUCGCGGAGGGACAAGUAAAGUUUAGGGAUGGAAAAAAGUGGAAGAGUCGAUGCGUCGUUCUUCGGAAGCCCUCUCCGGUCGCAGACUGCCUGUCUCUGCUGGUGUACAAAGAGAAGAAGAAGAAAAAAGGGAAAAGGGAGAAUGGCAGCGGUCACAAGAAGAGGCUCAAUGUAACCCUGGAGGGUAUCUGUGGGGUGGAGCCGGGCCCCGGGUACGACGGGGUCUCCUACAGCCUCUCCAUCCUCUGCCUGGCACACACGCUGGUCCUGGGCUUCAACAGCCGAGAAGCCCUGCUGGCCUGGGACACUCGCAUCCGCUACAGCCUGGGAGAAGUCCACAGGUUGUGUGUGAAUGUGGAGCCAGGCACCAAGCUGGAGAGCGGCCCCGCCUCCCUCCACCUGUGCAACGACCUGUUGGUCCUCACCAGAGGCGUCCCUCCUGUCAUCAUCGGCCACUGGAAGCUGUCGGCGUUGCGUCGAUAUGGAGCGGUGCCAAACGGCUUUGUGUUCGAGGGGGGGACUCGCUGUGGAUACUGGGCCGGUGUUUUCUUCCUGUCCUGUUCAGAAGGAGAGCAGAUCAGCUUCCUGUUUGACUGCAUUGUGAGGGGCAUCACCCCCAGCAGGACCCCUCAUGGCCUGCGACCUGUCCUGCCAG